AUGGUCAUCCCCGCAGGAUAUCGGCGGUUUGUAGAAGCAUUUUUCACCCGUCAUACCUUGACGGGCGGUUCUAGUAUAGCUAGAAAGUCGCCCGUCAAGGCGGAAUUCUUUGAAAUAGGACCGUUCUCUUUCAUCGAGGACUUGGGGCCUAAAGGUAAAGAAGGUUUCGUAUUUGGAAGAAGGGAUUUCCAAAGCCCUAUCUUGAAAUGUUUAUGCAUUAAAGCAUGCCCGUUCAGAAAGAAGAGGUGGUUGUUUCUGAAAGAAAAUUUUAUUGGUCUGAUCCAUCCGAGGAAAGGUGUUAUUGUUCGUGUAAUGCUGCUUGAUCGAGCGUUUAAAACAGGAUCUGGAAAAAGAAAAGCAGGACAUGAAAAUGCUAUCUUUAUUCAAAAUCUUAACGAGAAAUUGUAUUUGAAAUGCGAAACUAGUUUUCAGCAAGAUGAUUGGAUGAUAGAAUUCAGUUACUAUCUGGACCGAGGAAUUAGGGAUUUCGUCCUUCCUAAUCGUUAUGAAUCGUUUGCUCCUCCAAGGCCAGGAACAGAGUGCAAAUGGAUUGUUGAUGGGGCUACGUACUUUGAAGCAGUAGCCGAAGCCUUGGAAAAUGCACGUGAGGAGAUAUUUAUUGCUGAUUGGUGGUUAACACCAGAAGUCUAUCUCAAAAGACCAACCGUUCAUGGACAUUACUGGCAACUGGUCUAUAUUCUUAAAAGAAAAGCACGUGAAGGAGUAAAGAUUUACGUGCUUCUAUUUAAAGAGUUGGAGGUUGCGUUGGGAAUCAAUAGUUCUCAUACAGAGAAGAAACUGAAAAAUAUGCACAAGAAUAUCAAGGUCUUGCGCCAUCCCUGGGCUUCCAAAGGUGUACUUCUCUGGGCCCAUCACGAAAAGAUCGUUUGCGUGGACCAAACAUAUGCUUUUGUUGGAGGACUGGACCUGUGUUACGGCCGUUGGGAUGAUUUUCAACACAGGUUGAGUGACUUUGGAGCUGCAGAAGAUGAUCUAAAGGUUUUCAGACACAUGUCCAUCGUAGCAACUCCUUCUAUGGAAAAGCACGUUCAUAGGAGGACAAGUUCGCUGCCUUCUGCUAAAUCUGAAUCUUCUAUAGAGACUCAAGUGUUUGAAGGAAUCAAAAAACAAUUAUCAAUGGAGGACUUUGAACCCUCGGCUGCAGACCAAGUGGAAUUGCCUAGCUCUUGUCCCGUCCAGAUUGCGGACCAACAGCGUGUCCUCCAAGAAAUGACAUUAAAAGUACUUGGAAUAGAUCACAAAUUCCGUUUAUGGAUCGGCAAAGACUACGCCAACUUCAUAAGCAGAGAUUUUGAAAACCUUCACGAAGCUUAUUCAGACAAUAUUGAUCGCGGAAAGACUCCUCGUAUGCCCUGGCAUGAUGUUGGUAUGUUUCUGCAGGGAAGGGCUGCCAGAGAUGUUGCAAGGCAUUUUAUACUCAGAUGGAACCACUCUAAGGUAGGGAACUCUCAUUUUCACGAUACCUCCAUUCCUCUUCUAAUGCCUAAAGCUUAUGAAAAUUUCGACGAUGAUGUUCCAUCCAUACUGAAAGACACCGCUGGAAGAAUCUACAGAACAGAAUGCCAGGUUUUAAGAAGCUUGAGUUUUUGGUCCGGGCAUAUCACGGAGACUGAAUGCUCUAUCCACAAUGCCUAUAUCGACCUAAUUCGUAAUGCAAAACAUUUUAUUUACAUUGAGAAUCAAUUCUUCAUUACCCAGCCUGAAUCGGACAAGGAUGUACAUAAUGGCAUAGCAGACGCUCUGUACAACCGAAUCAUAAAGGCACAUAGAAAUCAGGAAACUUUUCGUGUGUAUGUUGUUCUCCCGUUGCUUCCUGCGUUCGAAGGAGAAUUGGGAACUGGAACCGGAACUUGUAUACAGGCUAUUACCCAUUGGAAUUACAAAUCCAUCUGCAGAGGACCGACUUCUCUUUAUCAAAGACUAGCUCGUAGAAUGAAGGAUCCAACAUUUUACAUUUCAUUUUAUGGACUACGGACCCAUGGAGUUUUGAAAAAGAAACUGGUCACGGAACUGGUGUACGUGCACAGCAAGCUGUUGAUAGUGGACGACAACGCAGCCAUUAUUGGAUCCGCCAACAUCAACGAUCGCAGCCUUUUGGGCAGAAGGGACUCGGAAAUCGCGGUCGUCGUCCAUGACACGCAGUUCGUGGACAUAAAAGAAGAGAUCCCCCACCAAGCGGGGGUUUUCUGCUACAGCUUGAGAACAGCUCUAUUUAAGGAACAUUUGGGUUUGAUGCACAAGACAAAUCUGGAGAUUGAUUUGCAAGAUCCUUCAAGCGAUGAAUUUUUUGCAGAAUGGACGAAAAUUGCUCUCAAAAACACAGAAAUCUAUGAAGAAGUAAGCAAGCAUUCUUGA